UUGUGAUUUCUUAGUAUUGCUCGAGGCAAUAUCAUGUAGAACUUAACAUUGUUACACAAAUCUGUCUCUAUUCUAAUUGUUUUGUGCAUAUUUUAUACAACAACAAUAAGUUAUGUAAUUAGUUAAGAAUUAUUGGAACUCUUCUAGACUAUUUAAAGAUAAUAUGAACCGAUCGAUUCUACAUCAGUCAUGAAAAGUACAUAAAGAGCGAUAGAUAAUGUCAAGAAAAAUGAGUCCGACAAAAACUCGAGUUUUCGAAUUGUAUUUCGCGUUCGACUCAAUUCGAACCGGCCUUCGAGUUGGCUUAGAUUGUAAGACUCUAGUCUAAAAAUAAUUGAUAUUUUUCUAAUAACAAUUAUUAUUCGAUAAUUCCAAACGAAUCGAUUAAAUUCAUUUUGUAACGAACUUACAUUUAAAAUAUUUGUCGUCUAUUAUGAAAUUAUUUGUAGUAUUCAAGAUAAAAAUAAUGAAUAUCCAUAUUUUCCAGCAACAAAUGAUCAAACUCCAUUGACUAAUGAUUCUAUUAUUGAAGAACGUUGUCGUAUUCUUGUCGAUUAUUUCAAUAAAGUUCUUAGACAUCCUAAAUUUCGUGCACAUCCAGCAAUGCGUGAAUUUUUCAAUGUAAGUUGUUUAUCAUUCAUUCAUGGUUUAUCCGUUAGUCGAAAAGAAGGUUAUCUAUCAGAAGUAUCUAAUGAUUAUUAUUGUGAUCAACAUGUUUUGUUUCCUACACAAUAUCUUUGUAAUUUAUGUAAAUGUCAUGAUGGUCCAAAAUGGUUUAUUAUUAAAGAUAGUUAUAUAGUUGAUAUACGACCCGAUACACACGAAGUAUGUUUUCCUAUGUUAGUUGAUCGUGGUUUUCAAGUUUCAACUGUUAAUGAUAAUAAUAUUAAAAUAAGCAAUUUACAACGUACAUUAGUUAUUAAAUGUCGAACAACAUAUGAUUGUAAUGAAUGGACACAAGAUUUAUUAAAUUUAAUUGAACAAGCAAAUGAUUUUGUCAGUACAAAACAAAGUCGAUUUAAUUCAUAUGCACCUGUUCGAGAAAAUCAAUUAGCUUAUUGGUUUAUUAAUGGUAAAUCAUAUAUGGAAGCUGUUGCUAAAGCACUUUUAACAGCUAAAGACGAAGUUUUUAUUACUGAUUGGUGGCUUUCACCUGAACUCUUAUUAAUUAGACCAACAGAUGAUGAAACAUAUCGACUUGAUAAUAUAUUAGGAAGAAUAGCUGAUGCAGGAGUUCGUGUUUAUGUCAUGCUUUUUAAAGAAAUAUCAUUUGCUGUAGCUUUAAAUAGUUUAUAUACAAAAAAGACAUUAGUUUCUAAAAGUACAAAAGGAUUUAUUAAAGUUAUUCGACAUCCAGAUCGUAAUACAACGGAUGGAGUACUUUUAUGGUCUCAUCAUGAAAAAAUGGUUGUUAUUGAUCAAAAGAUUGCUUUUAUCGGCGGAAUUGAUUUAUGUUAUGGACGUUGGGAUGAUGAAUAUAUGCGUCUUGUGGAUUUGGGUAAGAAAAAUGAUACAACAUUGAAAUCGCCAUUUGAUAUAGCUGCAGAAAAAGCAGCAUCGGGUGGUAAAGAAACAGUAGAAGCAGCACAAAUAACUACUACGCAAAUGGCUGAACAAGCUGGUGAAAUACCUAUUAAAAGUAUUAAGUGUCUGAGAGCAGCAUUCAAUCCUCUAAAUGAGGUAAAUGAAGAUGUCAAGCUUCCUGCUUCAACUGAUGCAAAUGAAACAACAUAUGAUAUGAAAUUAAUAGCUGGAAAUUGUAAAUAA